CACAAGCAUAUCAGGUUUAUGUCAUAGAUUUACUCUCCCUCUCUCAUCACACACACACCCCCACAGGUUUUGUUUGUUCUCUUUCUCUCUUUUGUUUCAGAUAUGGAAGAUUCAGAGGAGGAUGAGCUUUUGAACCUUAGCCUUUCAGUUGCUGCGGAUAGGGAAAGGAAAAAGAAGGGAAAGAUAAUUAGGGAACAUAACGUCUCUAUGAGUAGUGCUACUGCUAGGAAAUCCUAUGAAAGCUAUGAAGGGAAGAUAUUUAGGCUUCUCCAAAUGAGGGAGCAGAUGCUAAGACAAGACCAUAGGAGGAAAGGAGUUGUAGAAGAUGGGAGUGGCCUCCCCUUGAUCCAUUUGCUGCUCUCAACAGCAACUGCUGUUGAUGACAACAACUUGGAUUCAUCCUUAGAGAAUCUCACUGAUUUGUACCAAACUGUUUCCCUAACAGGUGACUCGGUUCAGCGUGUGGUAGCUUAUUUUGCUGAUGGUUUGGCCGCAAGGCUUCUCACAAGGAAAUCCCCAUUCUACGACAUGCUCAUGGAAGAACCAACAACUGAGGAAGAGUUAAAUGCAUUCACAGAUCUCUACAGGGUUUCACCUUACUACCAAUUCGCUCAUUUCACUGCAAACCAAGCUAUCUUGGAGGCCUUUGAGAAAGAGGAAGAGAGGAACAACCGCGCUUUGCAUGUCAUUGACUUUGAUGUCUCCUAUGGCUUCCAAUGGCCCUCUCUCAUUCAGUCUCUCUCGGAGAAGGCAACUACCGGCAACCGCAUAUCCCUCAGGAUAACCGGAUUCGGGAAGAAUCUCAAAGAGCUUCAAGAAACUGAGUCUAGAUUGGUUAGUUUCUCAAAGGGUUUUGUCAGUCUUGUGUUUGAAUUCCAAGGGCUGCUAAGAGGCUCAAGGGUCAUCAACCUAAGGAAGAAAAAGAAUGAAACGGUGGCUGUCAACUUGGUUUCUUAUUUGAACACUUUGAGUUGUUUUAUGAAGAUCUCUGACACAUUGGAAUUUGUUCAUUCCCUUAAUCCCUCCAUUGUUGUGGUGGUGGAGCAAGAGGGCAGCAGGAGUCCUAGGAGCUUCUUGUCAAGGUUCACAGACUCCUUGCACUACUUUGCAGCCAUGUUUGAUUCACUGGAUGAUUGUCUCCCACUAGAGAGUGCUGAGAGGUUGAGAAUUGAGAAGAAGCUUCUGGGGAAAGAGAUCAAAAGCAUGCUCAACAAUGAUGUGGAUGGUGUGGAUUGUCCAAAGUAUGAAAGGAUGGAAACAUGGAAAGCAAGAAUGGAGAAUCAUGGGUUUGUUGCCACCAAAAUAAGCUCAAAGUCAAUGAUCCAAGCAAAACUGUUGCUGAAGAUGAGGACCCAUUAUUGUCCUCUUCAGUUUGAGGAAGAAGGAGGUGGAGGUUUCAGGGUUUCCGAAAGAGAUGAAGGAAGGGCUAUCUCUUUAGGGUGGCAAAAUAGGUUUCUGCUCACAGUCUCAGCAUGGCAAUCAGUCUGAGAGAUUAUAUACAAGCUUAAGUCCUAACCCUUUUCAUCAUUUUGGUAAUAAUCUACACUUAAAAUGAUGAUUUAGCUAAUAUUUUUCUUAUUUUCUUUUUCAUUUAGCUCGCUAUCUGUUAUA